AUUUCCUGCACAUAUGUACGUAGUAAAUAUUUCACUGAACACACCCCGUAAACGUAUGGUCCAGUCCAUAUCAAAGAUGGCGGAAAACUUGAAUUUUGAUCAGGAAAACAAUGCCUCCGAUUUCAUUCAACGUCAUUUCUCCUCCACAGAGGUAAAUGGAACAGUGUUGCUGCGUUUGUAGACAUCUCUUCUUGUGCUGACACAGCGAAACCUCGUUUAGGCGCUUGUCUUUUGCUGUAAGGCUGACAAACAUAGGAUGUUUACCAGUUGAGACAGCGCACGCCCCAAACCCAGGGAUACGUCACAACACAAGGACACGUCAUGCAAGCUGUGCUUUCUCUAUUUAGCUCUGUGACUCAAAAAUUAUGCGUUUCUUCGAUGUUAGUUUCAUAUGAAGCCAGAAGUCUUGCUCUUGUAACCCGUUCGCGCAUAGCUACAUGUAGCGACGGCUAGCCAUCUUGCUUGGGCGUGGUAAAACAAAGCAGCAGAGAUGUUCCUUAUUCCGGAGCUGAGCUCGGAGCCGUUCCAGAUUUUCCUGUGGAUCGCCUACAUCUUCGCCGUGACGGUCGUGGUCACCGUGUUACGGUCCCGGCGUAAGCUGGACCUGCCCGUGAGAGACGUCACCAAGGGGCACCGGUGGUACGAGGUGGAGAUCUUCCCUCGCCCGACAUUUUGCAGUGUAUGUGAAGAACACAUCAUGGAGGGUGCCCACUGUGACUCCUGCGGCAUCUGUACAGACGAGGACUGUGUUCACGCUGCCAACAAACUCUUCCCCUGUAAGCGCCUGAGCCUUCCCGGACGUACCAGCAUGGACCACGUGUGGGCGCGGGGGAACCUGCCGCUGUGCAGCGUGUGUUUCGUGUGCGGCGUGCAGUGCGGCGGGAACCCCAGCCUGUGUGAUCGCAGGUGCAUCUGGUGUCAAAGGACAGUACACGACUGUUGUGCUGUUGAAGACAACAGAUGUGACUUUGGCCACUACAGAAGCAUGAUCAUCCCUCCCUACAGCGUGGGGCUGCAGCUGGUGGGGAUACGCGGCCGACGACACCUCAGCGUCUCCAAACUCCACCCGCCCGUCAGGAUCUCCAACUGGAGCCCGCUCAUCGUGUUCGCCAACCCCAGCAGCGGGAACAACAUGGGGGAACACCUCCUGCGAGAGUUCAGGGAGGUUCUCAACCCCAUUCAGGUAAUAGAUCUACACUCGCUGAGCCCUGCUGCUGGACUGGAGCUGUGUCGUCUCCUGCCCACCUACAAGUGUCGUCUGCUGGUGUGUGGAGGGGACGGGACAGUGGGGUGGGUCCUGGGAGCGUUAGACAGAGUCAAACUACAGAACCAGCCACUGAUUGGUGUUCUUCCCCUGGGUACGGGGAACGACCUGGCCAGGGUGCAGGGGUGGGGAGAGGGGUUUGUCGGGGAGAAGUCCCUGGAUGAGAUUCUGACAGACAUCGCACAUGCAGAGGUGACACCAUUUGACAGAUGGACAGUCAGCAUCAUUCACCAGAGACACUUUGGUAUAAGAAGACCUGCGAAGGUACUUGCCAUGAACAACUAUUUCUCCAUGGGUUGUGAUGCUCUGGUGGCGCUCAACUUCCACCGCCAGCGUCAGACCAGACCUGAACUCUUCACAAGUAGACUCUUCAACAAGUUCUGGUACUUCAGCUAUGGAGCUAUUGAUGUACUAGAGCAGGCCUGUGUGGAUCUACAUGAGAGGGUGAAGCUUGAACUUGAUGGUCGACCAGUGAACCUGCCAGAGUUGGAGGGGAUUGUGGUGUUGAACAUCAGUUCCUGGGCAGGGGGGUUCAACCUGUGGAGCGGUACAGGGGAGGAGGAUGUCCCACCUGCCAGUUUCAAUGAUGGCAUCCUGGAGGUUGUUGGUCUCCACUCGUCCUUUCACAUGGGUCAGGUCAGGAUAGCCAUGGCUGACCCCAUCAGGCUGGGACAGGCAAGGGUCGUCAAGCUGACUCUCCAGAAAGGGACCAAGAUGCCUGUGCAGGUUGAUGGGGAACCCUGGGAGCAGGGCUCUGCUACAAUCACCAUAUCCCUCAGGAACAGGGUGAACAUGCUCAAGAAAUCAGAGCAUCACGAGUAGUGUUGUAAUGCAGUGGACUCUGAAUCCUCCUGUUACUAAGUGUUAGUAGUAUAACAGGAGGUUUUGGUCUCAUACAUAUGUGGAGGUCAGCUUUGUGGUGUGAGUGUACCUCAGAGAGGGGAAACGUUUUAGGGAUUAUAAAAUCUCUAUUCCCCUAACUUACCCACACAUCCACAAUACAGACUUUGUGCCAUUGUCUUGAAUACUAAAAAAAGUGAGCUGCCUUUUUUUUAAACAUCGGUCAAACCUUUUUUUAUGUCAUACCUGGGCUGCAAUAACGUUAUAUACGGCUUUUCUGGCCAGUGGGAUAACUAGCUAUAUCACACAGGGUUCUAUUUGGUUAUCACAUGGGCUUCAAAAGUUCUAUAGAAUGUUUUUAACACAUUUGCCAUGCACUGCAUGUGCCACUUGAAACCAUUUGAAUGCCAGAUUCAGAUGUUGGAAUUGAUGAAUUUUUUUGUUUUUGUUGCUCAAUUUUUGGCACAGUCUAGUCAGACUGGAACCUCUUGUGAUACGGAAUACACCAUGAUGAAUUCUCUAUGAACUAACAUUUGCUUAUACUAUCAUACUUUUGUUGUAACUUGAAGCCUUGUUUUCAUGAGUAAAGAUGUAUAGUGAUGUCCGUAAUGCUGAAAACAUUCCUGAUCUACAGAGAGACUAUUUUGUGGUUUUGUAAUGAUAUUUAUUGAUGUGCAAUAUGCACAAACAAAGACUAAAGAAUUGGUGAGCUGAGUUCAUAUCCUGUGGAGAAGAGUUGUCCUUGUGCAAAACAAAUGCAUAAUAAGUGUCUUAAAUGUAUUGAAGUGUCAAAUAUGGUAGCAAAAUGCUUGUUGGGGACAUGUUUGUGUAUGUAACAAUAUGUUAUUUUUUUCAAUAAGUGGAAUAAGAUAUUAUGAUGUAAGAUUUUUAAGAACUCUAUACCUAUAUCUAUUCUUCUUGCGUUGUGACAAAUAUGUUGUAGGUGUCCACAGAAAAGUGUGUCACCAGCAAUAGUAUCAUAUUUUUUAUGGUGGAUUGUGCAAAGGUAAAGUGCAAUAUGUUGUAACUGUAUUCCUUGCAAUUGUAUUAUUUGAAAUGUCAGAACAUGAGUUGCACCGUGAUGAUAUCCAAUGCAGUACUGUAUAUUAUGUGUGUACAGCUACUACAAGUACAUGUACUAGUAAAUCAAUGAAUGGUUAUGUAUUGUUGAUGUCUGGUGUAUUCAGAAGAUUAGCAUAAUGUGUUUGUAGAAAAUUCUCAAUACCUACCUACUCAGGUGUAGCAUGGCAGACUGGGCAUUCAGGGUGUAGUUUUGAGUGGUGACGACAGGUGGCGCUGCUAGACCACUUAUGUGGAGGAUACUAGUACUCAUGCAACUCACCUCCAACGACACAAUUUUUCUCUCCGAGCGUUCUAGUUUCAAUUUUAUCGCGCUGCGUGAGCAGGCUUACAGUGAGAUUAAUCACU